AUGGGGGGAAAGGGUAGAAGGGGUGGGGAGAGGGGGGGAGAGAAAUGGGGGAGAAGUGGCGCCGCAGAGGUGCAGGGAACUAUUGGAGGGGUAAGAGGGGGGUUUUUGACUACUGGGGCGGGAAGGGGAAGGGAGUGUGGUGGGGGGUUGAAGGGAAAGGUGUGUGGGGCAGACGAGAGCGGAAGGAUGCGGAGGGGUGUGCCAGGCCUCCAGAGGUGCGGCCAGGCAGAGCAACAAGGCGUGCAGGCAGAGGUGCGGGCAGCGGUGCGGGCAGAGGUGCGGGCAGCGGUGCGGGCAGCGAGGCGCACUGAAAGGGAACUGAAGAGGUGUGCUGCCAUCCCCCCAUCUGCUGCCAUCCCCCCAUCUGCUGCCAUCCCCCCAUCUGCUGCCAUCCCCCCAUCUGCUGCCAUCCCCCCAUCUGCUGCCAUCGCAUAUCCCCAAUUUCCCACAUCAAGCAGGGCUAGAGAGGGAGGUGGCAAAUCUACAGGCAGAGUGGGCGGCAGUGCUGUUCUCACGUGCUUCAUGCAUGUCUCACGUUGCUUCCAUGCAUCACUUUUGCUAAAAUUGGUGGCAUGCCGUUCCUUUGGCUGUGGCAUGUGGAUGGCAUGUGGGUGGCACGUGGAUGGCAUGUGGGUGGCACAUGUGGCAUGUGGGCGGCAUGUGGGCGGCACGUGGGCGGCAUGUGGGCGGCACGUGGGGCGGCAGGAGAAGAAGCUACUAGUGGAGAUCAAGAAGACUGCCAAGACUGAGGGCAGAGUGGGACCCAUGAGUUGGUGUUGGUGUGUCAUGCUUCCACACAUCCCUCCCAUGCCAUCCGUCCCAUACACACACCUUCCUUGCUCCCUCGCAUUCCGCACCUGCCAGGCAGCAGCACGAGUGUUGGAGCGGGAGUUGGUGCGGGUGAGAGCGCAGACAGAAGGAGAUCUGUCUGGUCUUGUUUCCGAUGUGCGCCCAUGCACCUCCCGCCUACCAGGCAGCAGCGCGCGUGUUGGUGAGGGAGCUGGUGCGGGUGAGAGCGCAGACAGCCAAGCUGGCAAGUCCAAGGCGCAGAUUCAAGGCGGAAAUAUGCUUUUUAUUGUCCCCUACCUCCCAUGCAUCUCCUACCUCCCAUGCAUCUCCUACCUCCCAUGCAUCUCCUACCUCCCAUGCAUCUCCUACCUCCCAUGCAUCUCCUACCUCCCAUGCCUCUCCUACCUCCCAUGCAUCUCCUACCUCUCCCCAUGCCUCCCACACGCCUACCAGGCAGCAGCACGCGUGUUGGCGAGGGGGCUGGUGCGGGUGAGAGCGCAGGUAGAGAAAGCAAGGGGAAGUUGCUCUCCCCAUGCCCAUGCAUCUCCUGUCUCCCACUCACACGUGUUUCCUGCCUACCAGGCAGCAGCGCGCGUGCUGGCGAGGGAGCUAGUGAGGGUGAGGGCGCAGAUAGCCAAGCUGCACAAGUCCAAGGCACAGAUUCGCGGCAUCAGCACACAUGCACAGGUAGCCCAAGCCAACGUGUCAGUGGCAGGGGCAAUGCGCAGUGCCGGCACGGUUAUGGGGAAUGUGAACAAGCAAAUGGACGUGGCAUCAGCGGCGCGCAUGGCAGCAGAUUUCCAACGAGAAUCCGCCAAGAUGGAUCACGUGGGCGACAUGGUGGGCGGCGCUCUGGACGAUGCUCUGGAUACAAGCGACACGGAGGAGGAGGCUGAUGACAUCACCAACCAGAUCCUGGAUGAGAUUGGCAUCGACAUGUCCGCCCAGCUCUCGAGUGUGCCGGCCAAAAGACUGCCCACAGCAGCACAAGGGGAGGCGGCUCACACACAGGCAGGGUGGCAGGAGGAAGAGGAGGAUGAUAUGCAACGCCGCUUUGCAGCCCUGCACAGCCGAUGA